AUGAACAAAGCUCUUCUCUUGAAAUGGAAGUGGAGAAUCCUUCAUGAUAAUGAAGCCAUUUGGCAAAGAUUUUUUAAGGUGAGGUAUUCUUGUCCUAAAUUAAGAAUUCAAGAUAUUGGGGGUAAUCUUAAGAGAAGUGAUGAUUCCAUUUGGUGGAAAGAUAUGUGUGAGAAUAAAGUGUUGGACGACAUCAUAGAUAACGGUUUUUCCGGUUGUUUCAAAUGUUGUUGCAAUAAUGGUAUGGAUGUUCUUUUUUGGAUCAAUUGGUGGGUGGGAGAACAACCACUUUGCAUGGAGUUUCUGGAUUUGUUUGAAUUGUCAAAUGCGAAGUAUUGUUCGGCGGCGGAGGUAUUAGAGCGGAUCGACGGUGCGUUAAGGUGGAAUUUUGGGGGGCUGUUUUCUGCCGGCGACUCUCACGGCCAGCCACACUCAGCCGCGGCAGCAGCCAGUCCAAACUGGACUCGGUUUUGCGAAAGUGUUCGGGGAUUUUCUACUAGUGCGAACGGCGUUGACUCGUUCUCGUGGUCCUUAACCGAGGGCAAGGAAUUCACCGUUGCAAGCAUAACAACCGCCAUUGAUAGUGACAAGGUCUUUGCAUGGGAUUAUAAUUUGUUUAAUUCUUUGAAAGUUUUGUGGGAUCGGCUCCCUACUAGAGAUCAAUUAUUGAAAAGAGGUGUAGCCAAUGUUUCGUGCCCGGAUUGUGUGAUGUGUGGUUCCUUCCUUGAAUCAUCUUCCCAUCUUUUUUUCAUUUGUCAAGAGGCGAAAACAAUUUGGAAAUAUGUGUUUAGUUGGCUUGGAAUUCCGGAGAUGAUGAAUGAAGAGGAUUUGCUUUGUUUCAACGUUAUUCAAGAUAAGGUGAAUUGCGGCAAGCGAAGAGUUUUAAUCAAUUUUGUGUGGGUUGCAACUAUUUGGAGCCUUUGGCUUAUGAGGAACGCAAUUAUUUUUAGGGGGGAGGCGUUUUGUUUUGACGUUAUUUGUUCUAACAUUGUUUUUCUUUCUUGGAGAUGGAUGUUUUGUGGAUAUAGCAAGUUUAGACCAACAUAUUAUGAAUGGUUUAAACUUCCCUUAUCCGACACUAGUCAUCUUUAG